AUGGCCCAGCGUAACUCUCGCGUAUACGCUGAAGACGCCAUCUUCUUUGAAGAUUCGAGCUACACGUCCUCCACAGACCGCUCAUCUUCUUCUGGAUCUUCUUACCAUUCCAGGCGGAGUUCCCGGAGUUCAUUCAGAGAAGAGAUAUACCAGUGUGCUCCUGAAAUGGAAGAAGGAUUGCGCAAUGGCGCGCCCAUCAAAGAGGCCCUGCGUUACCAGAGCAGUAUCACCGGUGCCAGAGAUUUUACUCUCGAAAAGUCAGGUAUGCAGCCAGCAGUAUCGCUUCCGAAGUCCUCGUCUCCUAAUAUGGACCCGACAGCCAAACUACCGACGUUGCUUCCCACCAUCCACCAGUCAGUCGAGUAUCCUGUCGUGCCUCUGGACGGCCGUCCACUCAACUUUGGCGUGGUUGUUCCUGGCUUUUAUCGUAGCAGCUACCCAAAGCAGCACGAUUUCGAUUUUAUCAAGAGCCUCAAGCUCAAGACCAUUGUGACCCUGGUCAAGAAGGACGAGUUCCAGGAUGACCUGGCAGCCUUUGCCGACGUCAACGGUAUCCGCCAAGUCACCUUCGACAUGAAAGGCACCAAGAAGGAGGCCAUCCCGCUCGAUACCAUGGCCGACAUCCUUCAACUGACCCUGGACAAGCGAAACUACCCCCUCCUUGUCCACUGCAACCACGGCAAGCACCGCACCGGUUGUGUCGUUGCCGCCGCGCGCAGAGUCGCAGGUUGGGAAGUUGACCCCGCGCUGGAAGAGUACAGGGCAUUCGCCUCACCCAAGACUCGCGACUGCGAUAUCGACUACAUAAACGCCUUCCAGUCUUCUCUAAUACCGAGAUUUGAAGACGACAUUGUUCCGCACAAACCUGUCCAGGUCAAGACAUUUCGCCUCGCUGCAAACACUCUAGACGCAAGAUGGUGGCGAGCGGAGGCUGUGCUCUCUUUGAACUUGAUAACUGUUGAAGAAUUUUCGCGUGCCGUGUCGAACAAAUCGCAGUGCGUGAUCCAGCCGAGUGCAGUUGAUGUGGGUGAAGGUUCACCCACGACUCUCCUCCCUCCACAGCCUACCGACCAUAACUCCUCAUAG